AUGGUAAAACCGAAGUCAGUCACCGUGACUGCUGGAGAUCAGACCUUGGAAGACGGGGAGACCCUGGGGCCUCUUCUGGAGAGGACUAAAGUGGACAUCAGCUGUACUGUUACCGAGGGGAAGCCACAACCUAAGGUGGUGUGGUAUUUUAAUGGGGAACCGAGGUUGGAUGCCCGUACGUCAACUCCCAAUGCGUCUACCUUCCAACAUGUACUACCGCUAACGGUGACAAGAGAUGAGCUGGCUGGCGAGCUGAAAUGUGAGGUGUCUUCGGCAGCGCUGGACGAGCCUAUUGUGAAGAAGAUUCAGCUGGAUGUUCAAGUGCCACCCAACAAAGUCUUCAUCUCAGGAGUCGGAGAACACGCUACCCAGGGUACCACUCUGACCCUGAGCUGUACUGCGUCUGGGGCGCGGCCGGCAGCCAACAUAGUGUGGUACAAUGGUACCACUAAACUGUCACCUGCUGAUCAUAACAUCAAUCAGGACACAACCUUCGAGACCACUUCCAACCUGAUCUUCGAAGCCACCAGGUUCGAAAACGGCAAGAAGUUCCAUUGCGAAGCUUCCAAUCAGGUCACCAUUGAUGCUAAUGACCAUCCUAUGCAUGCAACAAGAGAGAUGGACAUUUGGUACCCCCCAAUCAUACAACUGGACCCUUUGAAUGUGACGGUGGUGGAAGGUUCGAAACUGCUUCUCAAAUGCGAAUACGAGAGCAACCCAUCAUCACUCACGCACGUUAUUUGGUACCGCAACGAUGAUGUCGUCAAUGUAAACGACACUUCCCACUACCAAGGCGGCACCACGGACCAGCAUUCCCUCAUCAUCCUCAACGUGACCGGUGAAGACAUGGGCAAUUACACCUGCUUAUUGGCUAACGUUGUUGGCAACACCACCAGCUCUAUGACCAGCGAUGUCAACGUUCAUUUCAAACCUUCAGUUCGUUUAACCAUGAGCUCUCCAAGCCCAGUAUUGGAAGAAGACCACAAAAACGUGACCCUCACUUGCGAAGUAGUGACCGGUAACCCAGCGAUCCUGGAUGAGGUGAUAUGGUACCUUGAUGGAGAAAUCUUGAAGCAUUUGCCUGAGUGCAACGGAACUGAUGGAGGAGAAAACCUCUGCAACGAAGUGGACCCCUCAAUGUUACUCCUUCAGGACACGACGAAGAGUUUUCACGGGAAUUACUCGUGUAAAGGGAAGAACCAGGCGGGGUGGGGGGGCGAGAGUAAUAAGACGGAGCUGGUUGUAAAUUAUCCACCAGGACCUGCAAAGCUCAUGUACUCCCCCUGGAGAGUGGUCAAAGGGAAGAGUUUAGUGCUCAGUUGCAGCGUUAAGGAGAAAGGGCGGCCAGAGGCUCAUAGAUACCGUUGGCAGCGAGGUGGUCGUGUUGUCAGCGACAUCGUCUCCCAGAACUGGACCAUCGACCCCGUGACCCUGGACCACAGGACCAACUUCUCCUGCCGGGGUACCAACGCCGGCGGCGCCGGGGAACCGGCCUAUGUCAACAUUGACGUGCUGGCACCGCCGAGCUUCAAAUACGCCAUGAACCACUACAGCGGAGCCUUAUACAAGUCUCAGAACAUAUCGCUGUCAUGCACUGUAGAGUGCGCCCCUCUAUGCACGGUGGAAUGGCUGAAAGACGGCCAAGUCAUAGACAAGAACGAUGACAGAUAUUACGUGGAGUCCAGAAAGAUUGAACCUCAAGUGAACAGAAACGAUUUUGAAGCCACCGAAUCCACUUUGCACUGGAACAUGUCGGCGUGGCCGGGACGCGUCCUGGACCGGACGGCGGAUACAGCGUCUUAUACAUGUCGGUCAUCACGAAACGACGCCGGCCCACCAGUAAAUAGCACCACGCAAUUUGCUGUUGAAUACGAACCAGAAAACAUAACUGUAACUCCUAAAGUGGUGAAGGUCAUCGAAAAUGAAAUACCAGCCAAGGUCGUGUGCUCAGCGAGAGGCUUCCCGAUGCCAAAUUACUCGUGGCGACGGGAACAUUCGACCAAAUCGAGCGGGAAAGACCACGGGAACACUUCUUUGAUACUGUCUUCAUCAAACACCCUUCUCCUGGGUCCUGCGCAGAGGAAAGAUGGGGGGAAUUACCUUUGCGAGGCUUACAAUAGACACGGGUCGGUUAAUACCACCGUGUACUUAGAUGUGUUGUUCGUACCAGAAUGCGGCAUCAAGCAGAUUGAAAUGGACGGAGACCAGGUUUUGGUGUGCACCGCCCACGCAAACCCAGAGGAUGUAUCUUUCUUAUGGAAACUGAAGAAUGACAAUGACAGCUUAACUGAUGAGAGGAUCUGGCAGGACGGCCCUCAGAGUUUCCUCAGGUUAAGUACCAGCGUGGAAGUCUACCGGACGUAUCUAUGCUUCGCCAACAACUCUGUUGGAACUUCUAGGCAAUGCGAGCGAGAUGUCAUGGGUCGAGUGCCGUGGUGGAGAGAUCAGCAGAAGCUGAUCCUCAUUGGGAGUAUAGCGCUGGCCGUCCUGGUCAUCACCGUCAUACUUUGCAUCAUCAUCAUUUGUGUAUGUAGGCGGAUGAGGGCCAAAUCCAAAUACAAUAACCCAGUGGAACUUGAAGAAAGAGAGAAGUAA